AUGGCAUCCUCCGCCGACAAACUAGUCCCGUCCGACCCGGAGCAGGUGAUGGUCAUCCGCAAGAUCACGCCCGAUAUCACAAUCUGCAGCACACCGUUCCGAAGGUUCGGCAAGGUCAAGAUUGGCGGCCGUGGCACGAUUGUUCGCCUGCAGACUGGAAAUGUAGCAGUAUUCUCGCCCGUCGCCUUGACGGACUCCGUCAAGAGAGAGACGCAGAGUCUGGGCAACGUCAAGUACCUCGUCGCGCCUGAUCAGGAGCAUCACAUUUUCGUUGAGGAAUGGCACAAGGCAUAUCCCGAAGCCAGUGUGAUCGGACCCGAUACUCUUCCCGGACUCCGCAAGAAACAAGGCUAUCUCGAGAUCCCCGCAGCGCUAUGGAAACCUUUCAUCGCCAACAAACCCUUGUCCAUCUCUGAAGAAUUCGAUCGCGAGUUCGACAGCGAAUACGUCCACUCGCACGCAAACAAGGAGCUCGUCUUCAACCACAAACCCAGCGGCACGCUCAUCGAGGCAGAUCUCAUCUUUAAUCUCCCCGCAACCGAGCAGAUGAGCAAAAGCGGCGAGAGCGCCGAGACGGGCGUCCUGACCAAGAUCUUCAACUCAUUGCAAAACACGCAUGGUGACGCCAAGGCCCAGAAACGCUUCCUGUGGUACGCCAUGUCUGCCGCUGACCGACCGGCUUUCAACGCGAGCAUGAGGAAGAUCAACUCCUGGCAAUUCGAUCGCAUCAUCCCCUGCCACGGCGACGUCAUCGAGACUGGCGGAAAGGGUAUCUUCGAGAAAAUCAUGGAGUGGCAUCUCAAGGGCGAGAAGCAGUAA